AGACAAACAGAAACACACCAAACCAAUUAUGAAUGAAAAAGUGAGUCUUCAAUCAGUUGAAAUUAAGUGCAGCUGAACGAUCUGACGAGUUUGAUAGAAAGUGUGUGUGUAAUUCUGGUUGUGGGAUUGAAGAGAAAAACAGAGCCAUGGGGAAAGUUGCAGCACUACCUAUAGUAGGGAUGAUGAUGACUGAGUGUGCUGGAGCAGGGGUCAUAAUACUAAGCAAAGCAGCCAUGUCUACUGGCAUGAGCAACCUCAUCUUUGUCUUCUACUCCAACGCUCUUGCAUCCCUCAUCCUCCUCCCUACUUCUUUAGCCUUCCACAGAUCGCGUCCUCCUCUCACUUUCUCUGUCCUCUGUUGGUUCGUCUUCCUUGGUCUAAUUGGAUUCGUUGCGCAGUUUGUUGGGUAUGCUGGGAUUAAUUACAGCUCUCCUACUCUUGGCACGGCCAUGCUCAACCUCCUUCCUGCUUUUACCUUCAUACUAGCAGUCAUCUUCAGAAUGGAAACAGUUGACUGGAGAAGCUCCAGUACCCUAGCUAAAUCCUUGGGAACAAUGCUUUCAAUUUCAGGGGCAUUCAUUGUGACUCUUUACAAGGGCCCUGCACUUCUGUUGACAUCCUCAACUGAUAUAUUGUCUCAUAAACAACUUUUCUCACAACAGUCAAACUGGGUCAUUGGAGGAAUUCUCCUUUUGGUUUAUUGUGUGUUGGCUUCAUCAUCUUAUAUUAUACAGGCAUCAGUCAUAAAGAAAUACCCAGCAGAGCUAACUAUGGUAUUUUAUUAUUGUUUCUUUGUGGCUAUUCAAGCUGUAGUAGUCUCUUUGAUUGUAGAAACAGACCUAAGUGCUUGGAGCUUGAAACCUAAAAUGAGGUUGAUCGCUGUUGUAUACUCGGCAGUUUUUGGCUCGACAUUUACGAUUGGUGUAACCACAUGGUGCCUUCAUAGGGCAGGGCCUGUUUUUAUAGCUAUGUUUAAGCCUUUGGGGAUUAUUGUUGCAGUUUCCAUUGGUGUUACUUUCGUUGGGGAUACUUUCUACCUUGGAAGUUUGGUAGGAGCAAUUGUAAUUGUCAUUGGUUUUUAUUCGGUGAUGUGGGGCAAAGCCAAUGAAGAGAAGGUGGAUGGUGGUGCUGAGGCAAAGAGCUUGGCAACAAGCAACCAACGGGUCCCUCUAUUACAAAACAGUCUUGAAGAAAUAUAGAAGUUUACAGUAAUCACACCAUGAGGUUUCUCUUGCCAAACAAAUGGGUACUCUAUAUCCUCUUCUUCGUUCUUUCAGAAUGCUACCAUUUCUGUCAUUCUUGAAAAUUGGGAUAGGUUAUUGUGGAAUUGUUUGCUGAAGGCCAUGGAAAAUUGAGGAUAACUGGAAAACUCAUCCUUUCCAUCAGUUGUUAUACUCCAAUUCAGGCCACUCAUUUGGCGCUAGGUUGGUCCAUUAUUUUUGGUAUUUUAACUAUUUAAGAUAACCAGACAAUCCAUGAUGCUGUUUGUAUCACCAACAGAUAGUGAAAUACCAUCAUCAUGCACAUGUGGGUUUGGAAAUAUCUAACAACCACUGUUGAUGUGACAAUUAGAGAAGAUGGCAGCCAACCGUCAAGUUUUAUUUUUAUUUUUAUUAUUUUGUAUGCAAGCGAUAUUGGGUGAGGGGGGAUUCCAAUGUAGGACCUUGGGUGCAGGGGAAACCGUCAAGGUUAAUUGCAAGCAAUGACCUGUUUGCCAAUGGGUACUUGCGUAUAGGCACAAUAUGGAGAUUUAUGUUUGGUAUUUUUCUGCAUAUACAUUUGGUAGUUUUGUUCAUAAUAUGCCCUUACCUGACGGGAGAAGUUUUGUAUCUAUAAAAUGUAGGGUUGUGAACAUGGGGAGCAUGAUCAUACAUAUCAUAUCAGCAUCAUUUGGACGUUUUGCAGGGUCAAACUUAAAGGCAACCGUAACAGAAACAUUUAUGUGAAAGCAGCUUCUUGUUUGGAAAUGAAAUCUAGUUGUGGUAGUUGGUUUAAGAUGUAUGAUCUCCUUCUUCAUUAGUUGUAGCAAAUAAGGUAACAAUAAGUUAGUUAGGCUUGGGAGGGAAGGAAUGAUGGCAAUUGGCGAGGGCUAAAGUUCUUGAAGAACCUAUUUUCCACUAUCUAAUUGAAACAUCUGUUGACAUCUUCUGUUGUUUCUGUAAUUAUAUAUCAUUAUUUUUCUUUCUAA